CCUUUUUCGCAUUAAUUGAUUGUUUAUAAUUAAAACAAAAUGGCUUCUCCUAAAAUAUGUAGCGGUUGUAAAUUAACUUUACCUGCGAAAGAGUUCAUGGUCUGCAGUAAAUGUAAAUCCAAAUAUGAUCUAAUGUGCGCUAAUCUUACACUGAAACGUUUUACCUCAAUGGAAUCGCGUCAGAAAUCGUCUUGGAAGUGCCCUGAAUGCUGCAGUUAUAUUCCGAAGUCGGCCACUACAAACACCACCUCACGGUCCCACUCUGAAGACAUCGCAACUGAUCACUUAAAUAUACCUUUACGCAAUAAACCAAUCAGAGAUUUGGCGACAUCACAGGAGGACUGUACAUUUGUAAAGGAGGACAAACUUCGCGCAAUAAUCCAAGAAGAAUUUUGCAGUGCACUUAAAAAUAAUAUUAAAGACCUGAUAAGAGCUGAAUUAAAAAUAACUAAUGACAAAAUAGAUAGUUUCCAAGACGCAAUCAAUUUUAUUAAUGCACAGUACGAGGAAAUGAAGAAUAGUUUACAAGAAAAAUCAACAAUAAUAUCUGCACUUAAAACGGAGAAUGAGAAAUUGAAAAAGGAUGUGAAGGAACUCGGCAACCGCCUUAACAUAAUGGAACUGCACUCGCGAGACAGCAAUAUCGAGAUCAAUGGCCUACCAGAAAAUAGGUCAGAGAACUUGACAAAUACACUAAACCAAUUAGCAAAGAUUGUGAAUUACUCACUAGUCACCGAGGACAUUCAACAUGUUACUAGGGUGGCUAAACUGUCUCGGGAAAGCAAUAGGCCUCGGGCAGUAAUUGUCAAAUUAAGGAGUCCCCGACAGCGCGAUGCUUUCUUAACUGCUGUAAUGAAAUUCAAUAAAGCCAACGUGGACAAAAAAUUAGGAAGUCAUCAUCUAGGAAUCGGCGGUACCCAUUCCCCAGUCUUUGUUACUGAACAUCUCACUCCUGAAAACAAAUCCCUACACGCAGCGACAAGGAAAAAAGCUAAAGAAUUGUGUUACAAAUUUGUUUGGAUAAGAAAUGGACGCAUCUAUGUGCGUAAGGAUGAAAAUUGUCAAGCGCUUCAAAUAAAAAGCACCGACACCCUUAGCCUCCUAAAUUAAAUCCUAUCGAUUGUUAUGGCAUUUCUGAAAAUCAAGAUGUUUGAAAUAUACUAUCAGAACGUACAAGGCUUAAGGACUAAGACGAAUGAAUUAUUAAAAAAUGUUCACACAACUAAUUACAAUGUAAUAGCACUUACCGAGACAUGGUUGAAUCAAAAUAUCAGUGAUAAGGAACUCUUAGAUGAUAGAUAUGUGGUUUAUCGAAGAGAUAGAGUGUGUGGGGGCUCAGAAAAGCAGGAUGGAGGAGGUGUGUUAUUGGCGGUUACACGUGACAUACCAUCUACAAGAGUCGAAAGCUGGGAGGUCGAUGUUGAAAACAUUUGGAUCGUACUACAAAUUAACAUAAACGGAAGACUUCACAAAAUUGCAAUUUGCGUUGUUUAUUUGCCACCACCAGUAAAAUAUGAUAAACUUACUAAGUUCUUGGAAAGUGUGGAUUUAGUGAUAAGUCACACAGAUGAAGUUAUAAUACUCGGAGACUUUAAUUUAAAUUUCAUAAACUGGAGCCCAGUUGACGGUUGCACUUACAUGAAAGCAUUGGAACAUAAUUCAUCUCUCGGCCUUGCUCUUACAGACUUUCUAGCUGUCAAUAACUUAUAUCAGCACAACUGUAUUCCCAACACUGACAAUAGAUUUCUUGACCUUGUUUUAAGCAAUAAUCCAAAGGCAUAUGUAUCCAAACCUCUAAAACCAUUAUCCAAGUGUUACCGAUACCAUCCCUGUCUCUUACUUAACAUCCCCAAUACCAAUAUUAAAUUACUACGUGAAAAACCUCACGCGAAAUAUAACUAUUACAAAGCCGAUUAUGGCUCCAUCAACAGCGAAUUAAAGGCAAUAGACUGGAAUGACAAGUUUUCCUGUUGCUCUAAUGUAGAUGACAUGGUUACAGUUUUCUAUAGUAUACUCCAGACUUCUAUCGAUAAACACGUUCCUAAACAAAGUAUUACUAAAUCUAAAUACCCCUCUUGGUUUAAUAUCCCCUUGAUUAACUGUCUCCAAGAAAAAGAAAAACUACGCAAAAGAUUCAAAAGGUUUAAAAAUCCACGUGAUGAAUUUGAAUACCAUUUCCUCAGAAAACGUGCCCACAAACUAUAUGACGAUUGUCAUAAGUACUACAUGCAAACGAUAGAAAAAAACAUCUCUUGUAACCCAAAGCUUCUAUGGGGAUAUAUUAAAAACAAACAAGGCAGGCGCUCCCAUAUGCCAGAGAAAAUGUAUAAAGACAAUAUUUCUGUGCAAAAUGGCAAAGAAAUCGUUAACCUAUUUGCGACCCACUUUUCAUCAGUAUAUUCUAGGAAUUGUGAC